GUCCCGUGGCCUGAGCGGGGCGGGCCCGGCGCUGCUGGCGGCUGCAGGCGGGGCCGGCGGGAGGGCUCGGCUUUGGACGUGGUGUCCUCGCUCGGCAGCAGCGCUUUAACCUCGGUCAGUGUAACAGAAAGUUUGAAGUCAUGUCCACAAAACCGAAACUUUAUUACUUUGCUGGAAGAGGCAAGAUGGAGUCGAUUCGUUGGUUGUUGGCUGCAGCUGGGGUUGAGUUUGAAGAAGAGUUUUUGGAAACCCGAGACCAGUAUGAGAAGCUCCUGCAAGGUGGAUCCCUGCUGUUUCAGCAGGUGCCCAUGGUGGAGAUCGAUGGGAUGAGGAUGGUGCAGACCAGAGCCAUCCUGAACUACAUUGCAGCAAAGUACAACCUCUAUGGGAAGGACUUGAAGGAAAGAGCCCUGAUUGAUAUGUAUGUUGGAGGAACUGAUGACCUUAUGGGCUUCAUUUUGAUGUUCCCUUUCUUAUCAGCGGAGGAUAAAGAGAAACAACGUGCUUUUAUAGUUGAAAAGGCAACAAGCAGGUAUUUCCCAGUGUAUGAAAAGGUUUUGAAAGGCCAUGGGCAGGACUUCCUUGUUGGCAACAAUUUUAGCUGGGCAGAUGUUCAUCUUCUUGAAGCCAUUUUAAUGGUAGAAGAGAAGAAGUCAGAUGUGCUGUCAGGCUUUCCGCAGUUACAGGCAUUUAAAGCAAGGAUAAGCAGCAUCCCCACAAUCAAGAAAUUCCUUGAGCCAGGAAGCCAGAGGAAGCCUGUUCCUGAUGAUAAAUAUGUAGAGACUGUCAGGAGAGUUCUGCGCAUGUAUUAUGAUGUAAAAGCAAAUUAGUUUGUUUGGCCACAGGCUGUAAGAGAGCUGCCAGAUUGAACAGGUCCAAUUACACCGCGAAGGAAGGAGAAGGGGUGUUGGAGAGGUGUUUCCAGGGGCAGGAGGCUGUGCCCUCAUAAAACAUACACUAGGCAGGUAUCUUUUAUAACACUUCAGUACUAGCCUAGUUUCUAUUUCAUUCAUCUUGAGAUUUUUUCUGCUAAUUUUAAGCAAGUGAAAUGGCAUCAAGCACACUGUCUUCCUAGAGACUUUGUGGAACAGCAGAAAAGAGAAAUGGGAGUUGCUGACUGAUAGCUUCAGUACGUCGUGCUAUUUCUGAGGACUUUUUUCUAGAUCAGAUUUUUAUAUGAUGAUUGCUUCCAGUGUAGGCCUUUAUUCUUUACUAUCACUGUUGGCAAAUGAAACAAGUAGUUUUUAAAGAAAGCAGGAGUGAGGUCUUUCUCUUGCCAGUUCUACUGGACAUCAGUGACUUGCCUAAAUGUCAACACUGUGCCUUUAUAACUAAGAUGCACUUUUAUUACUUAAUUAGGAAAUAAACUGACUGUCAAAUGAUGUUUUUGUUUAAUUUCUCUAUCUAAAGGGCCUGUACUAAUCAAAUAAAAUUUUAAUGUAGUCA